AGAAGAAGAAGAAGAAAAAGAAGAAGGUUUGCGCGCCCUCUGCUGUUCGCUCCGGACUCUGCAGUAAUGGCUGGUGUUUUUAGGCAGGCCCUGUCCCCGUCCAGGAUGUCCAAGCUGCAGCAGCUGAGGGUGUUUGUCAGGGAGCGGCUGAGCGCAGCAGCGGAGGAGAUUUUCGGCGCUGUGGAGAGAACCUUGCUGGAGCUGGAAAACGACGUUUACGUGUCGAUGGAAGCGGUCCGAAACACCGAGCUGCUGACGUCAGCCGAGGCGCUAACAGCGAUGCCAAACACAGCUUCUCAGGAGCUCGGCGUGUCUGAGAAACAAGCGUCCCAGGGAGCAGCUGAGGUGCUGGUGAAGCAGAUCAAGCCGGAGUUCUGGGACGGCACAGAAUACUGGCCUGGUCAGGACAACGGGACGCUGCUGGAUCUGUUAAAUAGUGAGCCUGUUGCCUGCUUAAAGUCAGAACAGGGCACACGCACUUCCUCCUGCUUCUCCCACAACGCCAGCAUCAUGGAGGAAGGGAUGCUUUUCCCUCACGCCUCCACGGAGCAACUGAACACUGAUGGCUAUGACGGAUCGGACUUCUGCCAGCCAGUCUCCUCUGAGGGGGAGGCAGAGAACGAUGGGAGCGCUACGGAUAGGAGCGACACAAACGCAGAUUCAGCUCUGAUGAACUCUGAGAGGAAGGCAAAGCAAAGACAGAACAGUAAGAAAGGGAUCACCUUUUUCCACUGUGGAACGUGCGGAGAAUCUUUCCUCCGCAGGAGUUCUAUGGUGAUGCACGCUAGAUCCCACGUGACGGGGUUUUCUCCCCUCUGUCCUUCAAACAGCGCAGCGUCUGCACAGAGGUCCCUGGAGGGCCACAAGGUGGACAAUCUGUGCCACGUCUGUGGGAAAACCUUCACCACGGCGACCCAUUUAAAGAGGCACAUGAUGAUUCACACGGGCCAGAGGCCUCACUGCUGCAAAGAAUGCGGCAAGACGUUUGCCCGGGGCGAGUGUCUGAGGAUCCACAUGAGGAUCCACACGGUGGAGAGGCCGUACAUGUGUAAAGUGUGUCCCAAGAGCUUCAGGCAGAGGAGCAACUUAGUCACGCACAUGAGGAUGCACACAGGGGAGAAACCUUACCACUGCAGCAUCUGCUCCCAACCCUUCACCUACAAGAAGGACAUGAAUAAACACAUGCAGAGCCACAGCCUCACCACAUGAAAGCCCACUGUGCUGGAGGUGCAGCCACCAGGCCUUCCUGUCGCUGCUCUUUGACUAAAUUAAAGAUGUGCUGCAUUAGAGAUCAACCUAUUUGUUUGUUUCCUGUUGUGUUUACAUACAGGAGACAUGUGGGAGUUUUCAGCUUUAAUACAUUUAUUUUGACCAGCGGAUUGAUCGGUUCAUGGCUACUGUGUAACAUCCUGCUGAAGGACAGAUGUAGCUCCAUUGUGUUCUGAUUAGACUUUGGAGAGCUUGAGGUGCCUUCCCUGGUUAAAACAUCAACAACUUUUUGACUCACCUUCAGCCAAUUGUUCUGUUUUCUUAAAAAAUAAGUUAUUGGCCCCUUUUCUAUUGAAAGCUUCAGGAUGUUAAACCCCAGGCUUUGGUUUUCUGGGAUAAAUGAAGGGCUGGGGCUUUUAAUCAUUUAAAUAUUGUGUAUUUAAUUGUGCAGUGCUUGGUUUUGUUGUUUAAGUUGAAGCCACCAACCUGAGGCUACCACGCUACAGACUGUUUUUGCUGUUUCAUUUGUUUGCACUGUACAGUGCAUGGUGACCUGGCUUUUUAAAAACCCAUCAACUGUUGUUCUUUGUCAGCUUUAAAACAGAAUUUUCCUCAUUACCAAUUUGUCAUAAACCUGUUGGUUCUGACAAAUACAUAUUAACACUAAACUGUAGUGUUUCAGUUCGAUUCCCAGCAGUUCCUGCCAUCAUCAUCAUUCUUCAGUUCCUUAGUUUUCUUUUUAUUAUUUUCCUUUUUAUCUAGUAGCCUAGUUGAACGGUACUAGUCCAGUUAGAGGGUUUGUUGACUGAAGUUGAUUUUUAUUUUUUAUCUUGUUAAUAAAUUAUUAUAUAUUGGAAAGAACUUGUUCA